CUUUGAACAGUUGAUUGAUAUUCAUUACCACUGUUUCAGUUAUGGGGUUUUUUGGCUCAUUUGUGACUUUUUCUAAAAUUGGGAUGAUCCAAAAGACAUUUUUGAAAUCAAACUGAUUCCUUGGGGGGAAAAGAAACAUCUGAAAAGCUGGAUAUCUGUUGUGGGUUUUACUCGUUCUCGAAGAAAAGAAAAUGGAUAACGUAUCAAUUUCUGGGAGUAAUCAAUCUCCAUGUAACUCAAGUAACUAUUCACAACCUAACUGCAGCACGUCUCCACCUUGGAUAUUAUACCCAGACUUCUACAUCUGGCUGCCAGUAGUUUACUCAGUCAUCUGUGCUGUAGGACUCACUGGCAACACUGCUGUCAUCUAUGUCAUUCUGAAAGCCCCAAAAAUGAAGACCGUCACCAACUUGUUUAUCCUGAACUUGGCUAUCGCUGAUGACCUUUUCACACUGGUAUUACCUAUUAAUAUUGCAGAGCACCUGCUGAAUUAUUGGCCCUUUGGUGAGCUUCUUUGCAAAGUGAUCCUCUCAAUAGACCACUACAACAUCUUCUCCAGCAUCUUUUUUCUUACAGUGAUGAGCGCCGACCGCUACCUAGUAGUGAUUUCCACACUGCAGUCUAAGCGGAUGCCCCAUCGCACAUACAGGUUUGCAAAAAUUGUCAGUGUGUGUGUGUGGGCACUUGUUGUCCUCAUUGUGGCACCAUUUACCUACUUUGCUGGCAUUUAUGUGAGUCCGGAUGAUGCUGAGAGCAGGAAGAGCUGUGUGUUAAGCUUCCCUAGCCCUGAGAGUGUCUGGUUCAAAGCCAGCCGGAUCUACACCCUGGUCUUCAGCUUUAUCCUUCCUGUGUCAACAAUUUGUGUCUUAUAUAGUCUAAUGCUCUACAAGUUGAGGCAUACACAUCUAAUUUCCAAUGGCAAGGCAUUGGAUAAAGCCAAGAAGAAAGUGACUGUUAUGGUCUUUGUGGUGCUUGCGGUGUGUCUGUUCUGUUGGACACCAUUUCACUUAAGUACGGUGGUGGCCCUGACCACAGACCUGCCAACAACUCCACUGGUUAUUGGAAUCUCCUACUUCAUCACAGGCUUAAGCUAUGCUAACUCCUGCCUUAACCCAUUUCUUUAUGCCUUCCUGGAUGACAGUUUCAGAAAAGCUUUUAAGAAAAUGUUGGAGUGUUGAUCUGUGCAAAGGACCAAUAAUUUAAAAGUGUUAGGUCAAUUUCAAGAGCAAAGCUGGAUGAACAUUUUUAGAUAGCAAUAGGCCAGGUCAAGUGGGGUUUUAUUCCAUCCUAUGUCAUUUUUUUCAGUACUAUGGUGUAACACAUAACAAUACAACAGAACGGCACAAAGGAUUACCUGAAGUGCAAAUACACAACGAUGUGUCUGUAAAAGUGUCCAAAAGCAGCAGCUAUACACACUAUGUUCUUUAAAAAAUACAUUGAAAAUGUUUAGCAACCGUUCUGAUGAGUGUAUGCUUGUAAUAUAUGUUGCAUAGCCAAUUUACCGGAAAUGUUAAAAUAAGUGACUAAUUAUGCUAAAACUCUAGAAGAUACUAAAGAGAAGAUUCAAAGGAUGUUUCCAUCUGUUAUAACUCUCAAUCUAACAAUCUGUUUGUAUACUAUUGAGAUUGCAGCUGCUGUGGGUCUUUAUUUCAUUUAUACAUAUUUCAGUAAAUCUAUACUAUCUGAAUAACACUGUUCUCACAGAUGUAUUAUAACCUAUAGCGUAUAGGUACUGUAGAUAUUGCCAAACAUGAAUC